GGAUACACCACCACUGAUAAGGAAGGUCACGUUUCCACAGGUUCUUGUGAAGUUAUUGUAACAACUGAUAAAGAAGGAGAUGUUGUAACUCACACUGUAGCCUUAGAAGUCACUGCUUCAACUGUAUGUGCCAAAGGUACUUGUGUUGCUGUGACUGUAACUGACCACAUUGACGUUACUGAAACUGUUGAAUGUCACGUAUGUACCCACUAUGCUACCUCAGUAGUUACUACUGAUGAACAAGGUGUUACUGUUACUAUCCCAUGUGACGUAAGUGUUGGUACUAAUUCUGUUGGUGAAGCCAGUACCACUACCAUUUUAGGCACUUCAUCUGGUCUUGCAGAAGAAGUUACUUCUGCAGCUCCAACCACAGUUGCCCCAACAACAAUUGCUCCAAUCAGCAUUUCCGAAAGCAGUUCUUUUGUUGCCGCCGCUGGUUCAAGUACAGCGUCAGUACCAGAAGGUGUAGCAGGUAAAAUUGAACCAACUUUUGCCCUCGCCGUCGCUGGUUUCAUUUCAUUGUUCUUGAUCUAG